GCCGCCCGCCCGCUGCCUGCCUGCCGCCGGGCCCAUGGCGAGCACGUCGGCGGAGAUCAUCGCCUUCCUGCUGACCAUCUCGGGCUGGGUGCUGGUCUCCUCUACGCUGCCCACCGACUACUGGAAAGUGUCCACCAUCGACGGCACGGUCAUCACCACCGCCACCUUCUGGGCCAACCUCUGGAAGACCUGCGUGACCGACUCCACCGGCGUCUCCAACUGCAAGGACUUCCCAUCCAUGCUGGCGCUGGACGGUUACAUCCAAGCCUGUAGAGGACUGAUGAUCUCUGCUGUCUGCCUGGGCUUCUUCGGUGCUGUUUUCGGACUGGUUGGGAUGAAGUGUACAAAAGUCGGAGGCUCCGAUCAGACUAAAGCAAAAAUAGCUUGUUUAGCUGGACUGAUUUUCAUACUUUCUGGGUUGUGCUCUAUGACUAGUUGUUCCCUGUAUGCAAACAGGAUUACGUCUGAGUUCUUUGAUCCUUCUUUUGUUGCACAAAAGUAUGAACUGGGAGCAGCUUUGUUCAUUGGAUGGGCUGGAGCUUCGCUCUGCAUAAUUGGUGGCAGUAUAUUCUGCUUCUCCAUAGCUGAAAACAGUAACUCUCCAAGGAGGGGCUAUGCAUAUAACGGAGCCACAUCUGUGAUAUCUUCUCGUACAAAGGUCCACAACAGCGUCCCAGACAAAACCCCACCAAAGCACUUUGACAAGAACGCUUAUGUUUAAUUGUACUGUUGGAAGAUUCAAAGCGUUUAAAAAAUGAGUUUGUAUGUUUCAUUCAGAGUGAUUUUCCCCCCACACCCCCAAUGUAGUUACCACUAAGACAAUGACUUUUUAAAACAUUAUCUUGCAGCUUUUUACAUAUUGAUGUAAAUGUUAUUAUAUAAUAUUUUAAGAUUUAUGUUGGUAUUGUAAAGUUUAUACCUGGAAAUCAUGAGCUGGAGUUGCUUCCUUGAAAAAAAAAAAAUAAAUGAGGUAUUUACCAGUAUGGUAUGUUAAUUGCUUGUGGGAAUGGCAUCACAAUCACGGUGACUGCAGUGCAUCAUUGCAACCCCUUCUGAAAUGGGUUUGGUACUGGACAAAACAGCCAUACUUCACGCAGGUUAAUAUGUCAAAUAUCUCACCACUGAUUAGCAGUGAUGUUGGAAUUACAGAGCACACCGUAACUGCAGCACCAGACCAGGACAGUCAGCAGGAAGCAGCAGGCUCUUGCGUCCUUAUAUUGCCAGGGUGGAAGAAUGUGUAACUUGGUCCAUUCAGUGCCACAGGAGUAAGAAGAGGAAGAGACUGGGUGAAGUGAAAGUAAGUAUGGGAUUUGGGGAGCCCGGAGCAGGUAGAAAGAAGUCAGGGCCAGCUGUUUACAAAAACAAUCACUAGAGAGGGUCUUGCACAGCCCAAGAAGAAUGCAUGCAUAAGAACGAACGCACGCGUGAUCGUGAGCUUUCAUGUGCAUGGCAGGGAGAGCAAAGGCUGAGCGAGGCUGCAGCCCGUGGGGAGUUCUGCGGUGGGUAAGACAAGGCUCGGAGACAGUUCCUAUGUUCUGCAUUUGCUUUGUGCCGCUGGGCUCCCACCUGCCUCAGCACUCAUCCCUGCUAGUGAGGUCUCUUCCAGGUUUUCACUCGCUCCUGCUGGGCAGGGUGCUGGGACACCAUCAGCUCCAGAAUGGCUCCAAGCCAGCAGCUUAUGAAAGGGAAGAAAAAACCCAGGCAAUGCCAGCUGGCCUGCUCUGCCAGUGACACUGCUGAAGGGCUGACCACAUAAAAGCAGGCAAUACUUAACAGCACCUUUGGAUAAUCCUGAUUUAGUUACAACAGUUCAAAAAUUCAGCUAGUACGUUUUCUUUUGCCUAUCCUUAGAAAUGUGAUGGCUUCUGAAGGAAUAUUCAUACAGCGACUCAAUAAAUGAGAUCAGAGAUUACGAAUAACCACAAAAUGCCUUCUAGACGUCUGACACAAACUCAGGUCUGUCUUGAAGUCUGAACUGAUGGACCCCUGGAGUUUCAGUACACUGGUUAUUUGGGGACAAAGAUGUAAAUGUAAAAAAAUGAGUAGUCCUAUUUAGUAAUGGCACAGUAUGACAGAAAAGGUUUUGUAU